GUUUUUUGGUUUCGAUUGCGAUCGGCCUGGUCUGGAGCGGAAGGAGAAGUUAGCGAUCAAGCUUGAAACUUUGGUCACAGCUUCGGUCGAUCGCUAUCGGCCUGGUGUGGAGCGGAAGAAGUUAGCGAUCAAGCUUGAAUUGGUCACAGCUUCGGUCGAUCACUAUAGGCCUGGUCUGGAGCGGAAGAAGUUAGCGAUCAAGCUUGGAACUUUGGUCACACUUUUGGUCGGUCUGGAGUGGAAGAAGAUAGCGAUCAAGCUUGAAACUUUGGUCACAGUUUUUGUAGUUAGCGAUUAAGCCUGAAACUUCACAGUUUUGGUCGAUCGCGAUCGGGCUGGUCUGGAGUGGAAGAAGUUUGCGAUCAAGCUUGAAACUUUGCUCACGGUUUUGGUGAACCAAACGCACAGAAAAAGAGAACUCGUGUGAGAACCUUCAAAUUUUAAAAUGAGCGGAAUAUUCUCGUGGCACAUUCGCUGACAGGAAUCGACCCCCCGACCUGUGGAAGUUUGAAAGGAUGACUGGCUAUAUAGUAGCUGUGUAGGCGGCGGCCCUUUGUUCGAGGCGGGAUAAUUGAGUGUCUGUGGGAGAGAGAGAAAAUGCGCGAUGGUGGAUGGAUCGUCGCGGUCCACUGGACGCGAGGAUUCUUGGAGCUCCGCCAAUCGCAGAGAUCCACCCCAGCGCACUCCAUCGAUCCAGGGUUUGAUCGGCUGAAGUGACACGCGAAGAGAGAGAUUUCUUCCUUGUCUCCCAGAAUCUAGCGCUCUAGCGCGUGCUCUUGGCGCCUCGAUCGCCGAAUCGCGUCGCGUGGGGGCUGGAAUCGCGAUAUUAUGCAGCGGCAGGAGCCGAGCUUCGCGGAGAAGCGUGGAUUUCCAGGCGCUGGAGCUGGAGGAGAGGUGUUCGUGGCUGAUCGUGGCGGCGGCGGCGGGGCAAUGGCGGGGAGGAAGAAGCAGCGCGGGCCGUCGCAGCCGCAGGUAGCGCCCGUGUGCCAGGUCGAGGGAUGCGGCACCGAUUUGCGGGGAUCCAAGGGCUACCACCGGCGGCAUCGCGUGUGCGAGGUCCACUCCAAGACGCCCAAGAGCGUGGUGGACGGGAUCGAGAAGCGGUUCUGCCAGCAGUGUAGCCGGUUUCAUGUCCUCGAGGAGUUUGACGAUGGCAAGAGGAGCUGCCGGAAGAGGCUGGCGGGGCACAACGAGCGGCGGAGGAAGCCCACGCAGAUCAUCGAGUCGGGGCUGGCGAUCGUUUCUUCCGGGAAGCUGGGCAUCUUUCCAGGGGAUUACAAGCCCGCUGUCCAGAUCCAACACGACCACCACCACCAGCGCCACGUCCUGGAUGGAUCGUUCCUGAGCAGCUGGCCGGAUCAACACCAGCACCAGCAGCAGCAUCACCAGGACUCCAAGAUCCUAUCGCCCUCUUCGUCCUCGUCCCAGAUCUACCAGGCCCUCCACGGCGCCAGCCUCUACGACAUCACCCAGCAGCACCAGCAGCUCAUCCAGUUCCUCAAGAGCUCCUCCUCUUGCUCCCCCUCCUCCUCCACCUCUUCCUCCUUCCUCCUCCCUCCUCUCCCCCCUCCUCCACCGCUUUGCAACAGCAACACAUCUUCGCAAGGCGGUGCUCUCUCUCUUCUGUCAGCCGGGCAGAGAUCAUCGAGCGCGGCAUCAUCUUCGUCCUUGCCAGUAGUGGCCUCUUCUUCGUCUCCUGGAUUUGGAAUCACCGCUACCACCACCACCAACGGUAACACCAGCAGCAGCAGCAGCAGCAGCGAUCACUACGCGAGGCGCGCAUCGCCCAGCUUCGAUUCGCUGCUCCAGAUCCCGCCCCACUUCUUCGUACAGGGGGCCUCCACUUCGCAGGGAUUGGACAUGCUGGUCCACUCGAGAUCGUCCUCGCAACUCUAGAUCCAAGGCCCGACCAACAAGAACUUUGGAACGAUGGGUGGGGAUCAGUUCAAGGAAGCCAGAUGGGCCUAGAUUUAUGAUGCCAUCUUUUCGGCAGCGAUUGCCUGUUGCGUUAGUACGCAGCAACGCAAAGCGCUGCAUUCCUUGUGAUUUAUUGGAGGGAUUGCAAUGUGUACAUGCUGUACUUGCUUCA